GCUGCUGUGGCGGAACAUUCGAGGCCGCGGCCUCCCUCAGGGCCUGCGCGGCGGGGCCGCUCCCUUCGCAAGCCGCGGCCGUCGAGGGUGUCGCUUUCUUCCUCAGCGCCUCCCAGCCGCCCUGUUAACGAGGGUGCCCUGGACGCUGGUUUCCUAGACCCUGCCGGCUUGGGAGUCAAGUGACACCCCCCCCCAAAAAAAGCAGGAGACUGCGGCCCUGGCCGUCGCAUUGUGUGGGCUUCGGCUCCUCAGCCUUUUGCUGGGUGCCUGCGAUGCUCGCCCGAGCAGCCUCCCUUAACGCCUCCCAGAUCUGUCAAAAUGAGUUUACGGAAACAAACUCCAAGUGAUUUCUUGAAACAAAUCAUUGGAAGACCAGUUGUUGUAAAGUUGAAUUCUGGAGUUGAUUAUCGAGGUGUUCUGGCUUGCUUGGAUGGGUACAUGAAUAUAGCUCUGGAGCAGACAGAGGAGUAUGUAAAUGGACAACUAAAGAAUAAAUAUGGGGAUGCUUUCAUCAGAGGAAACAAUGUUUUGUAUAUAAGUACACAGAAGAGGAGAAUGUGAGCAUACCUGAAGAUGGAACAUUUUUGUAUUGCAACUUUAGUUUCUUAACAUUAUUUUGUUUGUUACUGGCAAUUCUUCAGUGAACAAGGUUAUUUCAUUCUGCUGUAAAAGUUACAUGGCCUGUAAGUAAGGAUGGUUGUUGUUUUUUAUAUGUAAAAACAAAAUGGAAUAUUGCUGACAGAGUUUGGAAUACAUCUUGUGUUAUAAUUUGGAAUGAAAUAAACUUGGAAAAGAAUA